UAACGAUGAGAGUUUUGUGUAAAUAAUAAGACAGGACUGUAGGUUUUAUUAGUAAUAAUGGCGACAUACUUGCACACAGCAGUUUACGUGGUGUCAAUAACAGCGUCUUUAUGUCGUGUCCCGGAAGGCAUUAUGGAAAGUGAAAGUGGCAAAAUACAGGAAGAUGAGAUUUGGACAGGAGGAGGAGAAAAUGCAUUUGUCAAUAUUAACAACAAAUUUGAAGUAGUGAGGGAGGAUUUCAAGAACUAUGAAGUGGGCUCAAUGACUGACAGUGUCUCUAGUCAAGUCAAUAUGCAAAAUGUUUCACAGCUGAACAGAGAUGAAUUGGAUUAUGUGAAUUCUGGUUUGUUGGAUUUGUUACAAAAUACAUCCCCUGGAGUUACUGCAGUAAAUGAAUCCCCUGGUAAUAGUGUGGAAGUCAAACCAGAAGAAUUUGAUAGAUAUACAAGAAUAUCUUGUAUCAAAUGCAACCAGCCACAUUGUUACAGUCUCACCGAAUGCCACAAUGCAAUUAUGUGUUGGAAAGCUCGCACCCGCAAUGAAGUUGGUGAAGUACAAGAGGCUCGAGGUUGUAUUGCCAACCCUGAUCAUGUGUCUAUGCAAUGUGGUAUUAAAGAAAAUCCUCGUACACCGCUCAAAAUUGAAUGCUGCCGAACUAGCUACUGUAAUAAUGGUAGUUUCCCAGUUCUACCAUCUACAGAUCCAAUGAAAGAUAACGAAUCGCGAGCAUUAAGGAUAUUUGUGAUUCAUGUGGUUCCUGUCAUGGUAGUUAUUGUAAUUGCCAUUGUUGUAAUCCUCCUGCUACGUCGCGCCCAUAAUCGUAGGAUGCGGGAAUAUGCAGCAGCAGCUGCGGCUUCUGCAUUACCACCACAUCAUGCUCUGUACAGAGAUGAACUUAGAGUAACUGCUGCAGGAGAUUCAACUUUACGGGAAAUCUUCAAUGACUCCAUCACAUCUGGAAGUGGAUCGGGUCUGCCUUUACUGAUCCAGCGCACCCUUGCCAAGCAGAUCUGGCUAGCAGAGGUUAUUGGGAAGGGCCGAUAUGGUGAAGUGUGGUGUGGGGUGUGGCAUGGGGAGAAAGUGGCAGUCAAGAUAUUUUUCUCACGUGAUGAAGCAUCAUGGGCAAGAGAAACGGAAAUAUAUAGCACUGUGCUUCUGCGACAUGAAAACAUUCUGGGCUUUUAUGGUUCAGAUAUGACAUCUCGUGGAUCCUGCACACAGCUCUGGCUAGUCACCCAUUAUCAUCCACAUGGCUCUUUGUUUGACUACCUUAAUGCUCACACCCUAGAUCAUACAGCACUUAUGACUGCAGUGCUCUCUACCAUCAAUGGUCUGCUUCAUCUACAUACUGAAAUCUUUGGCACACAAGGAAAGCCUGCCAUUGCCCACAGAGAUAUCAAGUCUAAAAACAUUCUUGUUAAGUUAAAUGGAGCCUGUGUGAUUGCUGAUUUUGGAUUAGCAGUGAUGCACACACAAACUACAGGGGAAAUUAAUAUCAGCAAUAAUCCUCGAGUGGGAACAAAGCGAUACAUGAGCCCAGAAGUCCUAAACGAGUCAAUAAACAUGAGUGUUUUUGAAUCAUUCCGUAAAGUGGACAUCUACGCCUUGGGGCUGGUUGUGUGGGAAGUGUGCCGAAGAUGUGUUUCAAAUGGAAUUGUGGAUGAAUAUAAACCUCCUUUUCAUGAUGUUGUUCCAAAUGAUCCCAGUUUUGAUGACAUGAAGAAAGUUGUUUGUGUUGACCAGUAUCGCCCCAUGAUCCCUAACAGGUGGACUAGUGAUCCAGUAUUAGCAGGAAUGUCCAAAAUAAUUCGAGAAUGUUGGCACCAAAACCCUAGUGUGCGCCUGACAGCACUCCGAGUAAAGAAGUCACUGGUGAAGCUGGCACAGGAAGAAACCAAGAUCAAGUUGGAGUUUGACUGUUGAUAAGGAAAAAAACAAACAUACAAUUAUGCUUACUCGAUUUAUAUUACGUAUACUGUAUUGUAUUAUAAGCAGGACUAUUUAUUUACUGUACAUUAGUACAGGGGUGUAAAAUGCUGUACUUCCUUGGGAAAGAUGAAGUGAAAAGCAUCUUCCCAUGAUUAAGAUGAGUAGUGAGGUAGAGUAAGGCUGUUU